AUGGCAUUCACAAUCUCGCGUCGAGUGCUAACAGGCAUUCUGUUCUUUACACUAUUCACACUAGCUGUAGGGGAUGUACUGGAACAGAUCAAGGAAAGCCCCUCUCACACGUUCGACUCGAUCAAGGACAAGAUAUCUAUUAGCACAGAAGACCUACAGCAUAUCCUGCGUCUGGCAACACAGAAGCAAGCAGAUUUUCUGAAAGAUCGAUCAUGGACUACCAAAAUAUUCGGCAUACUCUUCCCAUCCUCCAGACCUGCCGUUAAUGCCUUGCUAGCGACAGCCUAUAUCUCUGGGCCACCUAACUUCCUUCUAGCACUAUGUCCACCCAACAUUGACCCCAGCUCUUUGAGCAUAAUGGUGGCCUUUGCUGUGGGCGGUCUCCUUGGUGACACUUUCUUCCACCUGUUACCAGAAAUCUUCCUCGGCGAAGAUGAUGAUGGGUCCAAAGUCCGGCUCGUCCAUCUAGAGCCAAAUCGUAACACUCUUCUAGGUGUCUUCAUAUUCAUCGGCCUAGCAACCUUCAUGGCCAUGGACAAAGCACUUCGUAUAGCAACUGGAGGAGCACAUAGUCACAGUCACACCGGCGAGCACAACAUCCGGGAGCAAGCCCAAAAAUUCGAUGUCGGCGACUACCGCCUUCUAGACGAUCUCUCCGAGCUAGCCAAGAAAGAGAGUAGAGAAGAACAACGUGAACGUCUCUCAAACAAACCCUACAACGAUACAAGAGUCAACGGCAAGAAAACCCGAGACAUCAUCGCGCACAUUGCAUCGACUAAUCAGGAGAUCCGGAGGCGAAACACUGGCACGUCCGAAAACCAGCAGCAGUCCCAGCAAAAACCCAAAGAAGUAAGCAUCUACGCAGACGAAGACGACAACAACAACAAUGAUACCGGCCUCGAAGCAACCCGAACCACCUCCCCAACCCAAUCCAAAUCAUCCCCUCCCACAACCAAAGAAAAGAAAGACCUCAACCCCAGCGUCAAGCUCGCCGGCCUCCUAAACCUGGUCGCCGACUUCACCCACAACAUCACCGACGGCCUCGCCCUCGCAACCUCCUUCUACUCCUCCCCCACUCUCGGCGCCACAACCACUAUGGCCGUUUUCUUCCACGAAAUCCCCCACGAAGUCGGCGACUUCGCGCUCCUGAUUCAAUCCGGCUUCUCGAAGCACAAAGCCAUGGGCGCGCAGUUCCUGACUGCGGUCGGUGCUUUCUUGGGCACGAUCAUCGGGAUACUAGUGCAGGAAUAUGGAAGUGGUGAGGACAAGCCUGUUGUGGGAGGGAUGAGGGAGGGGUUAUUUGGAACGAGUUUGCAAUGGAGCGAUAUGCUGCUUCCUUUUACUGCUGGGACUUUUUUGUUCGUGGGAACUGUAGGUGUGAUUCCGGAGUUGCUUGAGAAUGAGAGGGGGAGUACUAGGGUGCAGGAGUUGAAGAGGACUUUGUCGCAGUUUGUGGCUAUGGCUGUUGGAGCUUUGAUUAUGGUUGCUAUUUCUUGGCAUUGA